AAGUUAUGUCUUGGACAAUAGAGUAUCGAGAAGUUUCUAAACUCAAAAGAAGUAUAUAUGUAACUAAAAUUCCUAAGAUAGAGGGAAAAGUUGAUACUACUUGAGAAUCUACCUUAGCAUGAUUGGUAUAUAUUUCAACCUGACAUGUAGCUUAGAAAUUUUGUGUGUAUUUAUCCUAUUAUACUUUGUGCUCGAAACAUACAUGUCAAGAGUUUCUAAUAAAUUAUAAAAACUUUAAUAGUGCAUGAGGAGUGUUUUAUUUGUAGAAAGGAAAUAGGAAGAUAUAGAUUUCAUAGUAUGGCAAGGGGUCGAAUAUUAGACUACACAUAAGAGCUAAAAGGAGGCGUUUGGAAGUCCCAAGAAAUAAUGGUGGACUUGAUUGUUUCCUUAUGUCAAAAGCUUGGAUGUUAAAAACUUGACAACCUAAUGUGAAGAUAUCAUUGGUGGUGAAUUGGAUCAUUUCUCAUUAUAAUUAGAAGUGGAAGAAGAAAACCAUUCUCACAAACAUCCCCUUUAAAUUCUAAUUCAUGUGGCUAAAAUGUCCUUUGUUUCUUGAAAAAGUGGACAAAUGGUGUGAGUGUAAUGUAUUGCAUCCAUAGGUUAAAUAUUCGUUUUGAAUAUGAAAUUGAAGAUGAUUAUUAGUAUUAAAUAUAAUUGGAGCGAAAUGGCGGCACUGGAUGGCAGCAGGAUCGACACUGGCGAUAGGAGCAGGGUUAUCGAUGUGCGCUAUUCUGGCGCUCAGUCUACGAAGGUUGGAUCUUGGAGCGAUGAAGCAGACAUUGCCUUCCCCAUUGAGAUAGGUAGAUUGCAUGCUGUUCAGAAACCGGUUAAUGUUGGGAAAGCAUAUAUGUUCCAGGGCAACAGAUAUUCCAGACCGCGGUUAAACUAUGGAAACCCUUAUUCAAGUGGUAACCAGUGCCCUAUUGACCCGCAUAAGUGGAAGGAGAAUGGUUUCAUUUGGAAUAACAUAGGCUGGUUUCGCAAGGCUAAACAUCCCACAUUCGAGGCCCCUCGAAACUGGUAUCCACUGCCUGAACCUAGCAUUUUUGGUGCGACACUCGAGAGAGGCGAUUCUCACACUGACUCUUUUUUGGGUCCCUUGAUUGAUCAUGGUAAUUUUCAAAAGUGGAAUGGGCACUUCAGGCAAGAUAAUUCAAGGGCGGAUCAAGCUAGGUUUUGGAGAUCCAACUUCCAUCCUAAAAAUCUGAACCCUUGGUCGAACCAAGAAAGACGCCUUGACUUUCGAAGAGCAGCCUCCCUCCCCUAGCGAUCCCGUUUUCAUAAACCGGUAAGAAAAACCUCAAGACCCACCAUCUUUUUGGAUGAGAAUAAAAUUAAUUCGGCUAGGUCAAAUUUGCUUGAGUCUUGCCUUUUCAUCAAGUGGGGUGGUGGAAAGCGGGUUAAGGACAACUUUGAAUCCUGGUGUAGAGCGCACUGGGGAAAGGAUAUUAACAUUAAUAUUCUCCUGAAUGAUUUCUAUAUGAUUGAAUUUAUGAGCAAUGAGGAGAAAUGGAAAGCUAAAAAUAAAGGUCCAUAUAUCUUUAGACGGCAUUGAAGUUCACAUCAUUGAUUGGCAGCCCAAUUUCAACCCCCGAACGCAUGUAUUGCCGAACAACAAGGUAUGGAUAAGACUGUAUAAUUGCCCCUCGGAUUAUUGGCACAUUGAUGUCAUUAAGGAUAUAUGCAAAGACCUUGGCACCUUUGUAUCGACAAAUGACAUCUUGGAGGAUAAACUAUGGGGAAGCUUCCUCAAAAUUUGUAUUAGCACAGAUCAAAUCUCCAAGAUCCCCGAUGAAGUCAGAAUUAUUGGGGCAGGGAAGUUCUGGAUCCAAAAGAUUGAUAGAGAAGAUCAACUGCGUAUUUGUCCUAAAUGCUUUUCUUUGGAUCAUACCGGUAUUACUUGUGAUGUUUCGGUUAUGAUACAACGAAGUUAUUCCUGAAUGCAAUCUCCUAUUGAGGUUAAAUUGCAACCAGAACCUCUUAUUGCCUUUGACACCGGGGAAGCUUUUUGCAACGAUACUCUUGAUAAGGAGAAUGUUCCACUAAUAGGGGAAACCCCUUUGAUCAUAGUUCCUCCUUCCUCUGGUCAAAGCGUGAGCCAACAAGACCUUCUCACACUUCUAGAGAAGACCAAAACCCUACAGGCAAACAUUGAAUCCAAGUUAGUGGAUUCACUUCCACCCUCCCCUUUUGUGCCCAGGAAGCAACUGGUAAUUGAAGAUGACAAUUUUCACUCUCAGGGUAUGGAGAUUGGCACUAUGGGGGAGAUGGGAGGGCAGAUCUGCUCCAUGAUAGGCAUUGAACUGGAAGAUGGUGAAAUUGAAACCUCCUCCUCGGAGGGGGAGGAAGACUUUGAACCUGACUCAGAUCUUAUAUUGGAGGGUACUUCAAAAGGGUUUGGAAAGUCGGAUUCAACUAUUGACAAACCAAAUUUUAAGCCAAAAGGUGUGUGGGGGUGCAAAUCCAAAAAAGUUAUGCUAGCAGUGGCUGGUGCUGCCUGUGGUCAAACCAAACUUAAUUUAGGGAAGGGAAGUGCCCUUCCCCAGGAGCAAUGAAACUACUAUCCUGGAAUGUCAGGGGCAUCAAUGCCCCUGAGAAAUGGCGCUUGAUUAAGCGCUAGAUUGAUGACACCAAAGGAGAUAUUUGGCUACUACAGGAAACUUAAUGGAGCAAGGCUGAGAUUGAUGCUAAAAUGAGAGUUUGGAAACAAUGGAAUGGGAUUUUUAGGCAAUCGAAUGGAGCCUCUGGUGGCUUGGGAAUCAUUUGGAACCCCAUGAAUGUUAAGAUCUCACUUGUUGGGAAAGAUAAGUAUUGGCAACAUUGCUCGGUUACUAUUCUUGGACGGAAUGAGAAUUUCAAUCUUUUCAAUGUGUAUGGACCAUCUACUGUUGGUGAUAAAUGGGCUCUCUGGGAUCUCUUAUCCAUCAAACUAAACAGUAUUACCGAUUGUAGUUGUGUGGUAGUCAGGGACUUCAAUGCGAUCCUUUCUGGCACUGAGAAAAGUGGGGGUAUUCAGAGGACUGGUACGUCCCAGAAGGACUUUUUGAAUUUUGUCGAGAAGAAUCACCUUUUAGACAUUGUUCCAAAAAAUGGAAUUUUCACACGGACGAAUUGGAGAGUGGGUUUUACUAAUAUUGCUGAACGACUUGACCGGUUCCUUGUUAUUGGUGAGUGGUUAGGACAAAAUAUAGCCUUAGAAUCAUCGAUUCUCCUGCUUAUCGGAUCAGAUAACUACUUGAUCUGUUUGGAGGUCGCCUUGGGUCAAGGGGGGGGUUGGUACCUCGUUCCAGUUUGAGAAAAUGUGGUUCAGAGUGCCUGAAUUAUAUGAUCUUAUAGAUGCUUGGUGGAAUGAACCGGUUUUUGGGAAUCAUUUGAGACUACUCAUUCUCAAUAAAAAGCUCAAGUAUAUUAAGGUCAAGAUCAAAGAACGGAAUAAGAGCCAUUUCAAGAAUAUUCAUAUGGAGAAAUUAAGAAUUAAGGCUGAACUGGCAAACUUAACCAACUUUGUUAUUACUUUAGGAAUGACUGAGGAUCUAUUUAUGAAAGAAAAUUCUCUCAAUUCUAAGCUAAAUGAAAUCCUUCGGUGUGAGGAAAUCUACUGGCAUCAAAAAUAAGGGAGUUAUGGCUAAAGGAAGGUGAUAAAACACCAAAUUCUUCCACCGGUCGACCAUUGCCAUUCGAAAUAGAAACAAAAUAUCGAAGAUUAUGAGACCGGAUGGAGUCACUGUCAGGAAUUAUGAGGACAUUGCGCAGGAAGCUGUAAGAUUCUUUGACUCUUUGUUGAAUGGUGACCAUUAGAUUGACCAUGAAGCAAGAGCCAAAAUUCUGAACUCAAUCCCAUCCGCUAUAUCUGUCAAUCAAAAUAUAGCUUUCUCUGUACUCCUAUUUCAAUUGAUGAAGUAAGGAAUACUACCUUCCAGCUGAAACCGGAUAAGACUCCUGGCCCGGAUGGCUUCCCUACUGCUUUCUUCCAUCAUUUCUAGGAUAUCAUUGCUCGAGAUCUACAUCUUGCAGUAGAAGAAUCAAGAAAGAAGAUGACUAUGUUGGGGCUAUCAAUCACACCUUUUUGACUCUAAUCCCGAAGAAGCAAAAUCCACAACAGAUGAGUGACUUUAGGCCCAUUGCUCUAUGCAACACUGUAUAUAAGGUUGUAACAAAGAUCAUAGCUAACAGAUUGAAGCCCCUCCUUAAACACAUCAUAUCAAAUGAACAAAGCGGUUUUGCCCCUGGAAGAUCCAUUGUGGAAGGCAUUAUCGCUGCUCAUGAAAUGCUUCACACAGCCAGGAAGACCAAGGACUCUUGUAUACUUUUAAAAUUGGACAUCCUGAAAGCUUAUGACAUGGUGGACAGGGAUUUCCUAUUUGAUGUUCUUAAUAAAUUUGGCUUCUGCAAGGAAUGGCUCUCUUGAGUCACGAGUUGUCUCUCUUCCCCCAAAUUCUCUAUUCUGGUCAAUGGCUCCUCCCAUGGUUUCUUCUCUUCGACAAGAGGAAUCAGACAAGGUGAUCCAUUAUCACCAUUUUUAUUUAUCAUAAUUGUUGAAGCUUUAGGUCGAUCUAUAAGAGCUCUUCAACAAGAUGAUCAUUGGGUUGGAGUUAAUGUGGCAACAGGGGUUGAAAAAAUGACUCAUCUUCAGUUUGCUGAUGACACCAUUCUGUUUGGUUUGGCCUGUAGGAGGGAAGCUAGAACAAUUAAAACAUGCCUUGAUGAUUACUGUAUGGCUUCCCGACAAAAAAUCAUCUGGCACAAAUUUGAAGUGUUUUUUGUCAACACUUCACUUAACCUGCAAGCUGUAUUGUCAAGGAUUCUUAAUCUCAGAGUCAUAAACUUCCUAGGGAAGUUUCUUGGAACCCCCCUUUUUAUUGGUAGUAAUAGAACUCAUUACUGGAAGCAUCUUAUUGAUAAGUGCAAAUCCAAGCUUGCAACUUGGAAAGGCAAGUGGUUAUCCUCUGCUGGGAAGCUCACUAUGAUAAAGUCGGUUCUUUCAGCGUUACCGGUUUUUUCCAUGGCUUGUCUAAGAUUACCGAUGGCAAUUGAAGAUGAAUUGAUUUCUCUAAUGAGAAAUUUCCUUUGGAAUGGUUCAGAUGACAAAGGUAAAUUUCCUUUGAUAGCUUGGAAAAAGAUCUACCAACCAAAAAAGGCAAGAGGUGUUGGCAUUCACCAAAUCUCAAUUAUGAAUUUAGCAAUGGGUGCUAAACUGGUUUGGGAAAUUUGUAGCGGUGGGAAGCAAAAAUGGGCAAGGCUCGUAAAACAUAAAUAUCUGGACUCCUUGGAGCCUAAAAGGAUUCCGACUAUCAACAAUCCUCCCAGAGGCUCAGCUAUCUAGAAUUUUAUUGUGGACAACAGGGAAAUCAUAAGCGAUCAGGUUACCUGGGAUGUCAAGAAUGGCAGGGAUGCCUCCUUUUGGUUUGAUUCUUGGUCUGGUGAAGAUGCCCUAUGUCACAACCCCUCUCCACAACCUAUUAUGGCAGAAACCUGUCGCCUUUGGGGGUACAAUAUCUGUGAUUAUGGUUAUCCAAUCCGAGAAAAUGUUAUUGCUAAAUGGAAAUGGAACUCUUUGGAUCAGCUUCUGAAGGACUUGUUUACUAACAUUCUCAACAAAAGGAUUAUUUUCCUUUCCGCUGAUAAGGACAUUAUUAGGUGGUAUGGCUCCUCCGAUUGUAAAUACAAAGUAUGUUUUGGUUACAAGCUGAAAGAAGCGGCUAUAGAUAAAAAAGACUGGCCUGUUAAUCUUUUUUGGCAUCAACACCUUCCCAAAGCGGGCUCCUUUGCCUGGUUGGCUUGUCAGAGAAAAAUCUUAACUCAAGAAAGACUCCAUUCAAUGGGUAUCAAUGGACCCAACAUAUGUACUUUAUGUCUAGAAGAGGAAGAGACUGCGGAUCAUCUUCUUCUCCACUGCAAAUUCUCCAGUCACUGUUGGUGGCAUUUCAUGAGAAAACUGAGAAUCUUUGGCCCCUUCCCAACAAGGCUAGAUAAGUGGUUUUUGCAAUGGCCUAAACCGACACGUAAGAUUGUUUAUACUGAUUUGCUUUUUAUCCUCCCAUCACUUUUGAUUUGGGAAAUUUGGAAAGAAAGGAACCACAAAAUCUUCCAGGGUAAAGAAAUGAGCCUAUUGUCUCUUUGUGGGAAAAUUGAGAACCACCUGACUAAGCUCCUGAAUGAGGCUGCCCAAUCCAAAACAUUAAAGAAAAAUUUGUUCAUUGACUGGGGUUGUAAUAUUAAGCUGGUUCUUCCAAACCUACUCAUCCCACCGAUCUUCGGAUCGGGCAACCCGAUGGAUCAGACCAAUCCAAGAGUGGGGGCGAAAUGAGAUGCGCCAGAGGAUGGGUGGAGCAAGGUAAACUUUGAUGGUGCUUCUGCAGGAAAUCCGAGUCAAAGUGGUAUUGGUUGUAUUAUGAGGGACUCUGAUGGUCUCUGUAUAAAAGAAAUCUCUGAAAAUAUUGGAGUGGCUACUAAUAAUGAAGCGGAAUUCAAAGUGGCCUUAAGAGUUCUUCAGUUAGGGAAGGAGCUAGGGGUGCAGAGAAUUCAUUUGGAGGGAGACUCAUUAAAUGUUAUUAAUGCGAUCCGCUGUAAUAACAUCCCUAGUUGGUGCCUUAACCAGUGGCUUCAACCGAUCCUGGCGCUGCUAGCUACCUUUGAUAAUUUCGGGUUAGCCACAUCUACAGGGAAGGUAAUGGUGAAGCUGAUAGACUUUCUAAAUUGGCUAUAGCCGUUAGUGACCCCACCUGAAUAUCCACUGAUGAUUAUUUUUUGUUGCGCUGGUUGGUGAUGUGGCAUUGGUUCCACUGGUUGACAUGCUAUCCUCACUUUCCAUUGAGGGGGACACUCUCCGGUUGGGUCUACUGAUGGUUGCGAGCUCUUCGGUUCUUUUCGCAACUUCCAAUUGUGGAGCAAAUCGGUGCUUUGCUCCCCGGUAGCCGCUUUACCCCCUCUCCACUUUAUGGUUAUGGUUUCCGGUGGAGAGAACGACCGUCUGCCCUGUUAACCUGUUAAGGUUUCUUCUUAUCAACGAGAUGUGAUGCAUUGCCGACAUCAUUGAUUAGUGUCGGUUUUUGGCCUCGUGGCAAUUAAAUAUAAGUGUACUUUAUUAAUAUCUAGUUACAACUAGAUCCUCUCAAGAUUUGUUAAUGAUUACUUGAUGCUUCAAGUCGAUCGACACCAAGUUGAGGAGCUUUGGCGCAGAUGGUUUUUUGGAUACUGGCAGCUCACGCAUGUGGGUAUUUAAUGGGUGUGAAUUGUUUGCAGGGUGUCGUAUUCUCUGGUUUGACGCUUUGCUAUUUAACAAUGGAAUACCUUUUCUUUCCAUCAAACAAUUGCUUUCCUUUCUCGGCGACUCGCUAUGGAGACCCCAAUCCUCCUUGAAGCUACAUGGCUUUCCUGGGCGAAAUCAUGGACAAACGUUUGCAAGAGGUCCUCUUCUCUUGGCAUCCUCUUAUUCUCCACAACCUUAAGAGGAUUCUGGGAAAGGAAUUCCUUAUGGCUUACCACAGGUAUAGAGCCAAUGCCGAUAUCCCAGCUUUUCUUGCAAUGAUAAUUUACAUGGGGACUAGUAAGCAGAAAGCAAAACUGUUAACUCAAAUGAUGUUUAAGCAUCACCUGUUGGGGGAAAUAGAUGUUGUAUUGGACAAUAUUGAUGCCAAUCUUAGAAUUUCGCUCCUCCAAAAUUACUAUAUGUCACUAAGCAAUGGAGCGGAGGUGAAGAAGCUUGUGAUUGUUAAUUCCCUGGAUUUCGAGUCUCUCCAAGCAACCUGCCUGUCAUCUCCAGGAACAUUGAUUUCUUGCUUAAAGCGGUUGUCAUACAAAGCAGUUUCAUGUCGGAAUGGAGGGCACAAUUUCUCUGUGAUGAAGAUCUAGCGGGUACUAAUGACUUUGGGAUUUUGGAUAAUGGAGAACAGGUGGAUGGAAAUGAUUGGGGUUUUGGGUUGGGCGAAGAGUGGUUCCCAAACGACUACCGACUCCCUAAGGAGAAGGCGGAAUCGGCAGCUCAUUUGAACUGUGGCAUUGAAUGUCCCAUUGUCCUAGAUUCUUCUCAAAAUAUACAAAUUGUGGGGAUUGUCGGCAUGGGGGGCUCUGGGAAAACGACCCUUGCCAGAGAAAUAUACAAUAGGAAAAGCUCCUUAAUAGAUAAAUCCAGUUUUCUUUUUGAAGUCCGAGAUGCAGAAAAUAAAAAUGAAUUGUGUACAAGGCAGAAGAAACUUAUGCAAGACAUUAGUGGUGUUACAUCUCAAUUUGAUAAUGUAGAAGAAGGGAAGAUAAUCCUUAAAAGGCAUUUGAGAUUUCUUCAGGUUUUUUUAGUUUUGGAUGAUGUGGAUAGUUUACAUCAAUUAGAUGCUCUAUUGCCAGGAAUUGACAGCUUGGGACAAGGUAGUUUAAUUAUUGUUACAAGUCGUGAACUGGGCAUUCUUAAAUCAUGGGGAAUCUCAUCCAUUUACCCAAUAAAAGGAUUAAAUCCUAGACAUGCUAAGCAGCUUUUAUGUUGGCACAGUUUCCUACAAUCUUCUCCUCCAAUUGAAUUUGAAGAUCUUGUUGAGAAAUUUGUACAUUAUUGCAAAGGAUUGCCAUUAUCUCUUAAAGUAUUUGGAGGACUGCUUUAUAAAAAGUCUAAGGAGUAUUGGAAUUCUCAAUUGAAUAAAGUGUCAAGAAUAUUGCCCAAUGACAUUAAAGAAAAGCUUAAAAUAAGCUUCGAUGCACUGGAUAAGGAGGAGAAAGAAAUAUUUUUAGACAUAGCUUGUUUUUUCCUAGGUGAAGAAAAAAACGUGGCCAUUGAAGUGUGGGAUGGGUCGGGAUGGUGUGGAGUUCAUAGUUGGGAAAUGCUUGAGAAUAAAUGUUUGGUUGAGGUGGAUGAGUGUAAUGAAAUCAAAAUGCACGAUCAGCUUAGAGAUCUUGGAAGAGAAAUUGCAAAGGAAUGGUCACCCCACCGUAUUUGGUCAACGGAGCAAAUCAAAGACAUUCAGAAACAGGCCGCCAUGGAAAGAGUUAUAUUGAUUCGGGGGAUUAAUGCGGCAACAGAUGAUUUCUAUGAAGAGUGCUCAUUCCAUCAUGGUACACCUUUUGAAGGGUGUAUGGAGCUUCUGAGAAGCUGUUCUACAAAGUUUAAGAGCCUUACACCUUCUAUCCUUGUUGUGGAUGGUAAUUAUUUUACAGAAGAAUGUGCAACACUAUUUCCAGCCCUCCUCUGGCUGCGAUGGAGCAAUAUACCGGGGCCAAUUCUUCCGUCGUGGCUAAUGCUGAAGAAUUUAAGAGUUUUAGAGCUUCCAGAUGCUGGACAGUUACAAGAAUUGUGGAACGACACAGAUCCUCCUUUGGAAUUAAGAGAGCUGAAUCUUCAAUAUGCCAAGAGUUUCCUCAAAUUUCCGGGGUCAAUAGGAUGUCUUAAACAUUUGAAAAAGAUAUCCGUGGACGCACCAGUGACAUAUCUUGUGGACAGUCUUCCAGAAGGGUUUUGUCUACUUGAGUCGUUGGAGCACCUCCAGCUAAGUGGAUUUGAGAAGCUAACAUCAUUGCCUCGCGAGUUUGGUCUUUUGACAAACCUGCGACAUCUAGAUUUGAGCGAUUGCAGCGACUUGAGGAUGUUGCCUGAUUCUUUUAAGCAGCUCAUAAAUCUGCAGUAUAUCGAUUUGACUGGUUGCGUGGAGCUCACCUUAACGACAGAGAACAAUGACAUUUUGGAAAAUAUGACAAAGUUGGAGACUCUAAAGCUUUUUCGAUGUAUGAAAGUUCAGAACCUACCUCGGGAUAUCACAAAGCAGUUGUCGUUGAGAUAUCUGUAUGCGACAGGCACCAGGUUAAGGGAAUUGCCAAGUAACAUUGGCGAACUGAGCAAAUUGGAAGUGCUGGAAAUAGGGAGUUAUCAAUUAAAAACUUUACCUGAGUCUAUGGAAGAACUGGGCAGAAAGUCUCUGUCGGGGAUCUGAAUGUGAUUCAGGGAGGGGAAUGGUAGUGAUGGGCGAGCAACAGAGAGUUGUGGAGGCUUUUAAAAAAUUACUGUUAUUUUUUGGCUGAAUGUUAGUGAUUGGUGAUCAAGACAGAGUGCUGCACUGGUUUAAAAAAUUGCUGCUAUAAUGUAAUGUGAUUUACAUUGAUUAUAAGUGGAGUGUAAAUUAUUAAAAAAAAAUUAAAAUAGAAAUUAUUUAUGAA